AUGUGUCUGCCCUUGCAGCCUGUCUCAGGUUCCUUGUACGGACCCAGGUUUUUGACGGGUGAGAUUGGAGGAUCAGUCACCCAUCAGUGCUUCUACUCCAUCAUACCAGCCAACAAAUACGACCGAAAAUAUUGGUGCAAGGUAGCAGGAAGCAGAGUUUGUUACACCAUCAUUUCCACAACCGGCUACACCUCGAAGGACCACGCGGGGCGAGUGUCUCUCGAGGACAUCCCCCAGAACGGCACCUUCACUGUGACGAUGACAGGGCUGAAGAGGAGCGACACAGGGACCUACCGAUGUGGCAUUGGUGUGACCAACAGAGACCUGUACGUCAGCCUGAACCUGACGGUACUGGCAGAUGCCAGUCCACUGGGGCCAACUGAGCUCGUCCAGGGAGAGCUCCGCGGCUCUGUCACAGUUCUGUGCCCACCCGGGGACACCCAAAGCAGCGAGAAGAGGUUCUGGUGCAAACUGGGGAGAACUGGCUGCACUCUCAUAGCCGACACCGAUGGUUACGUGGGGAAGAGUUACCAAGGACGGAUCUUUAUCACCCCUCGGGAGAGCUCUGGAGCUUUCAAAAUCUUGAUAAAUGACUUAAGAAAGGAAGACUCGGGGCUGUACCAGUGCGGGACGGGAAGGCUGAGUGGUCGGGACAGCCCACUGGUGGUGGCUCUGCAGGUGACUGCAGCCUCCACUCUUCCCAAGAGACCAAGAUUUCUCAGCGGCACAGUGGGAGGCUCGUUGUCCUUCAAGUGCCACUAUGAUCCCAAGGGCAACUACGAGAAGAAGUAUUUGUGCAGGUGGAAGGAAGUGAGCUGCUCGCUGCUCCUGGAUGUGGACGGGUUUGUGCACGAGUCCUACGAAGGGCGAAUACAAAUAGCCAGCAGCGACCAGGAAAACGGGACUUACACGGUGGUGAUGAGCCAGCUGAGAGAGGAGGACGCAGGAUGCACGCCCACGCAGCGGAGCAUCACGGGCCUGACGUACGCGAUGGGCACCGUCACCGAGAGCACCAGCACCCUACUGCCAACUGCCGCCCCCGCCACCUUUGUAACAUCCCCAGGUGAAAUCUAUCACAAGAGCUCAUCAGGUGAAUCACGCCUGCUCCCAGUUGUGCUACCAGCUCUCAUCUUACUGAUUUUCAUCACUGUCGCUAUUCUCGCCCUGACCAAACUAAAACUUCAAAAGGGGACGGGAGAAGAAACAAGAGCCAUGGGAAACCUGGAAGGAGUGUCGAUUCCGGCUGGUCUGAGCCCAGUAAAAGAACAAACGAUGGAGGAAAGCGCCAGUCCAGAAAAAGUGCCGGAAAGCCGGGCAGACUCCGGCAAACCUCUGGUGCAGGCAGGAGCUCCAACGGCCACGCAAAGCGGGCUGCAGGCACCAACCUGCACAGUGCCAUGCACGUCGGCUACCAACAGGGUCCUGGUGACCCAUCCUGCUGCAAGGUGGCAGGACCAGGUUUUCCCUGCAGGAGAGGUUUCCAGUGUCCGCCAGUCCAUGGGGACAUCACGGUCUCACGCUCAGUCCUUCCUGCUCUGA